AUGGAAACACACGCGCCUGACUUUGCUCUACCCUCCUCACACACAACUCUCAAUGGACGGAAGACAGCAAAAUCAGCAGAGGACUGUUUUUCAGCCUACAACAGCAAAUACCUCACUGUUCCUCAGAACCGGACUUCCUGGCACAAAAGCGCGACCAGUAGAGCUCUUGAAGCAUCAGUGGUGUCCUACAGAAGUUCUAUUAUCAACAACUACCUGGAAGCGACCGAGGGAGGGGUGAGGGACAAGGCCUCCCCGAGUGGCCUGCACUUCAGAGACAGCAAGAGGAAGGUUGACUAUGUCUUGGCCUACCACUACCGCAGACGCCUGGCCCAGCACGCCCCCAGCACAGCCUCCCCGGAGCUGAGGCAUGGAUCUGCCUCUGCAGCCCUGGUUUCAAACGGAGGCACCAGGAAGGGCCGUGCUGAGCCCCAGCAGCAGCAGCAGGACGAUGGCCAGCGUGCCCUGCAGGAGUGGCCAGGGCUGCCGGGCCUGGAGGUGGUGGAUCUCAGCCCGCUGGACGCCCUGGAGGAGGAGAGGCGGCUGCAGCGGGAGGAGUAUGAACACAACCUGCUGGAAGCAGGGCUGGAGCUUGAGAAAGACCCUGAGAGCAAGAGCCAAGGACUGAGUUUUGUCCGUAUACAUGCACCUUGGCAAGUCCUCAGUCGAGAAGCAGAACUUCUAAAGAUAAAAAUGCCCACUAAAAAGAUGUAUGAAAUCACAGAAGAAAAGGGAAUACUCAAAAUGUUAAAUGAAAUUUGGUGCAAACUGACUGAACCUCUGCAACCCCAGGUGCCACGACAAGAAAAUACCAAGAUGAAAACCUUAUCCUACCCAUUUUCCAGAGAGAAAAUAUAUUUGUAUAACAUCAAAGACAAAGACACCUUUUUUGACAAUGCAACCCGCAGCCGAAUAGUGAGGGAAAUUUUGAAGCGCACAUCUACCAAGGCCAGAAACAGCAUGGGCAUUGGCACGUUAAUAGCAAACAAUGUUUAUGAUGCAGCCUACCCACUUCAUGAUGGUGACUAUGUAGGCCAAAAUGAUGACAUGAAUGAAAGAAAGUUGCUGUAUCAGGAAUGGGCAAGAUAUGGAGUGUUUUACAAGUUUCAGCCUAUUGAUCUCAUAAGGAAGUAUUUUGGAGAAAAGAUAGGACUUUAUUUUGCAUGGCUGGGUUUAUACACAGAAUUCCUCAUUCCAUCUUCAGUAGUUGGGAUUAUUGUAUUUCUAUAUGGAUGUAUAACCAUUGAAAGUGACAUUCCUAGCAAAGAGAUGUGUGACCAGCGCAAUGCCUUCACCAUGUGCCCCCUGUGUGACAAGUUCUGUGAUUACUGGAACCUCAGCUCUGCCUGUGCCACUGCUCGAGCAAGUCACUUGUUUGACAACCCUGCCACAGUUUUCUUCUCCAUCUUUAUGGCUCUCUGGGCUACCAUGUUCCUUGAACAAUGGAAGCGUUUGCAGAUGAGAUUGAGUUACUUCUGGGAUCUAACUGGACUGGAAGAAGAAGAAGAGCAUCCCAGGCCAGAGUAUGAAACCAAACUGCUGCAGAAAAAGCUGAAAAAUAAAAACAUCACAACAGAAAAUUCAAAUGAGAAUGAAAAGGAGAAGCUGACAUGGAGUGACCGCAUGCCUGGAUAUGCAGUGAACUUUGGACUGAUUUUAUUUAUGAUCAUGCUGGCGUUUUCAGCAGUGUUUGGUGUCAUCGUGUACCGAAUCACGACAGCUGCAGCCUUGUCCUUCAGCACAAAUGAGACAACCAGAUCCAAUGUUCGAGUGACUGUGACUGCCACUGCUGUCAUCAUUAACCUCGUGGUGGUCCUCAUCCUUGAUGAAAUUUAUGGAGCUGUGGCCAAAUGGCUGACAGAAAUUGAAAUACCAAAAACAGAGAAAAAUUUUGAGGAAAGACUGAUUUUGAAGGCAUUCCUACUGAAGUUUGUGAAUUCUUAUGCAUCAAUUUUUUAUGUUGCCUUUUUUAAAGGAAGGUUUGUUGGCCGUCCUGGUCGUUACGUGUAUGUGUUUGAAGGUUAUAGGAUGGAAGAGUGUGCUCCAGGAGGGUGUCUGAUGGAACUCUGCAUUCAGCUGAGUAUCAUCAUGCUUGGAAAGCAACUGAUUCAAAACAAUCUCUUUGAAAUUGGAAUCCCAAAGCUCAAGAAGCUGUUCAGGAAGCUGAAGGAUGAAAGAACUGAGCUAAAGGAAAUGGACACCAACCAAUCAAAGGACCGUCAGCAAUGGGAUCUUGACUACAUCUUGGAACCUUUCACUGGACUGACUCCAGAAUACAUGGAAAUGAUUAUCCAAUUUGGCUUUGUCACACUCUUUGUUGCCUCCUUCCCUCUGGCCCCUGUCUUUGCUCUUCUGAACAACAUCAUUGAGGUUCGUCUUGAUGCAAAAAAAUUUGUUACUGAGCUGAGGAGGCCAGACACAGUGAGAGAAAAAGAUAUAGGUAUUUGGUAUAACAUCUUGAGUUGUAUUGGAAAGCUUUCAGUGAUGAUUAAUGCUUUUGUCAUUGCUGUCACCUCUGAUUUCAUCCCACGCCUUAUGUAUCAAUAUGCAUACAGCCAGAAUGGAACCAUGCAUGGCUUCAUCAAUCACACCCUCUCGUACUUCAAUGUCAGCCAGCUCAAGGCUGGGACACAGCCUGAAAACUCCUUGUUUGCACAGGAAGUUUUGUUCUGCAGGUUCAAAGACUACAGAGAACCACCUUGGUCUCCACAGCAGUAUGAGUUUUCUAAGCAGUACUGGGCGGUCUUAUCUGCUCGCUUGGCUUUUGUGAUUCUAUUUCAGAACUUGGUGAUGUUCCUCAGUGUUCUGGUUGACUGGAUGAUCCCUGACAUCCCCAAGGACAUCAGUGAACAGAUCAAAAAGGAGAAAACCGUGCUUGUUGACUUCUUUUUGAAGGAAGAGCAUGAAAAGCUGAAGCUGAUUGAAAGCUUUAUUGCGUGCGACAAGCGGAAACACGAGAGUGGGACCAAAAGCAAAAGGGCCAGGGCUUCCAGCUUCUCCCAGUGUCACCACAGCCCCAAGGGCAGCUUCACCUCCUUCAGCUCACAGCACACAGUGGUGUGA